AUGUCCGUGCAACUCAAUAGACGGCCGGCACUCUUGGUCGUAGUCUGCUUCAUUUCAUUCGCUAUCCUAUCCCAUUUCAUAACAACGCCAUCCUCCUCUGGUAUCGACGUAUCCGAUCAUCAUGCUUCCUUGGAUCUAUUAUCAUCGCAUCACAAAGAGUGCACUCAUGUUGAGCGGCAUCCGGAUCAAUGUGCCUUUGUCAUGAAGACUUGUAAAGGGUUCAGCAAAGUCUACUUGGCGUUCUACUAUUGCUCUGAAGUAUGGAAACCUAUAUCAAUGACGCUAUUGGUCACUGGUCUGCUGAUGCUCUUUGGCGCUGUCAGUGUGGCGGCAUCCGAUUUCUUUUGCCCCAAUCUACAAACCAUAUCCGCCAAACUGCAACUAUCUGAAAGUAUGGCCGGAGUCACGGUAUUGGCAUUCGGCAAUGGCAGCACAGAUCUCUUUAGCACGUUUAGCGCGAUGAGUUCUGGAUCAGGGUCGUUGGCUAUUGGUGAACUUAUAGGGGCAGCCUUUUUGUUGGUAUCGGUGGUAUCAGGAUCCAUGGGCAUUAUUCGGCCAUUCAAAUCCAAGCGGAUCACAUUUAUGCGUGAUGCAUCGUUCCUUGCUGGUGCUGUCAUGAUGUUGACUUGGAUCGUGUAUCAUCAACGUAUCUUCUGGUACCAUGGCAUGGCUUUGAUCGCGUUCUAUGUGACCUACGUAUUCGUGGUUGUCUUUGGUGCAUUUCAACUUCCUGGAUCUGAAACACCUGCAAAGCUUGAAUACAAGUCAUCUGCUACUAGCGGCAUCGAUCAGGAUCAGUUGACAGAAGCAAGUCGUUUGUUACAACAUGAAGCUGGCAAAAAGCCUCCUCGUCUAAACAUUCCUAUCCAUGGUUUUGCAUCACAACAUUCUUUUUCAUCGCAUGAAUCCCAUCUUGGUCACAUCAUUCGUCCAGUAUCAUCAAAUUCAUCUUAUCGAUCAUCGUUGCAUAUUGAUGGUAUGAACGUACCACGCACAACAAGCACGAAUGGUUCCAUUUCUACUCGUCUUUCGCGACAUGCCAUGACACCUCGUGUUGGUAUUCGAACAUCUCUCUUUAGUGCUAUCGAAUUUCAAGAACAAGUAACGACCAUACGACGCACAGGCAGCACAAGCAGUACGGUCAAUCGUCGAAGAGAUAUAUCCAAUUGGGGGAACAUUUCAUCAAGAAGAUCCAAUCAAUCUCUUGGCUUGUUGAGUGCAGCAUCAUCAUCAGGAGCUCAAGGUCGUACACGAUCUUCGACAGUGGGUGAUCGUCUGAUGCCCACGGGUAUGCGUCAUACGACUCCCACCACCGCUACCACGCCAGAUAGCACACACAGCAGCACGGGUAUUGCUGAAGACUACUUUACAUACAUCUCCACCAAUCAACAAAACCAAAACAGCAAAGCGGCUAUUCCUGAAAUUCGUCUUCCUACAACCAAUGGUACCCUGCUAGAGGAUCAUCAACACCAUCAUCAUCACUCGCCCCAAGGAGGUGAAAUUGCUAUUCGUGUCCCGCAACUACCAUCAGCUCCACAACUACAAGCACCAUCAACAUCCCCUUCUCGACCGGUUUCUCUUCUUGAGAAAGCUAUCCCUGAUAGUCUAUUUGACGAUGUCCUUCCUACGCUUUUUCCAACCUUGCAGAAUUGGGAUGAAAAGACCACCUUUGCCAAAUUGAGCUCUUUGGUAGCUGCCCCUGUGGUCUUGAUGUUGACAGUGACUUUGCCAGUAGCUGAGGAUGCUCAAGUGGAUGACAUUCAAGUGGUAACACAAGAGGAUGAUGAAAAUGGCGAUACCAUUUCACACAAAGGACGCUUGCCCACUGCAGCUGGUACAGACGAAGACGUGGUUGAAACUUUAUCUGUGGGAGAAGAUAUGGUCGAUGGAUCCAUCAACGAAGAAAAGACACCAUGGUGUCGCUGGCUAUUGGCAACCCAAGCUAUACUUGCCACCACGUUUAUCUUUAUCGUUAUGGCACUCAACGGCUUCAUAUCCCCUCAAUAUAUAUUUAUCGGUACCAUCCUUGGAUCUAUGCUUUCGGCCCUUGUGCUCUUUACCACCAAAAGCCAAGAACAACCAUCAUGGUUCUGGAUGGUCUCAUUUGCAGGUUUUAUCAUUGCUCUCCAUUGGAUCUUUUUAUUGGCCAACGAAAUGGUCAGCCUAUUACAAGCUCUUGGGACGAUUCUUAAUAUCAGUGAUGCUAUCAUGGGGUUGACCAUCUUUGCAUUUGGCAACAGCAUUGGUGACUUGGUGGCAAACACGGCCAUUGCUAAGAUGGGCUUUCCAACAAUGGCUAUUUCAGCAUGUUAUGCUGGUCCCCUUCUCAAUAUGGUGCUUGGUGUUGGCAUCUCUUCCACGUAUCAAGCGCUCAAGACUGGUGUACCAUACAAGCUUGAUAUUGCACCAUCCAUCCUGGUAUCCAGCACAGGUCUCAUCAUUGUGCUUUUGAGCACGCUGGUUGUCGUCAAUUUGAAUGGAUAUUGUAUCAACAAGGAGCUUGGAUGGUGGAUGAUCAUUGUCUAUUGCAUAUGCUGUGUCAUUAACGUAUUAUUGGAAUGUGAUGUAUUCGAGUAG